AUGGAAAAAAUGUCUUCGUCUACUGCUUCAAAGACCUGGACGGAAAAGCAAACCAAGGAGGUAAUGAGGAAGGUUAUUAGGCGUGCGGAAGUAUCGAGGAUUGCCCGAUUACUACAGCACCGCCUUGCACUUGCCAACUUCAAGACAAAGAAAGGUUGGGAAAACUUGACCCUAGACACCAUCGAACCCAAGAUUGAGGAGGAUUUGAAGCGAAAACGUCAACGGCCAUCAUCAGGAGACAAGUCACCAUCACCAGGUGCUUCACUUUUUAGUGAAAGUGAGCUCGAGUGGUUAAGGAAAAAUAAGCCGAUAAACGGACAACCCCAUAAACGACGGGGGAGCCAAUCGUCUGAUAUCGGACCUCUUCCCAAUUUCCGGAACUCAAAGAAGCGUGGGCGGCCUUCAACUUCCACGGACUUCCAGCAACCACCCUCCAAGCGCCGGCAAUCGUGGAGGGACCACAACCGCACAGUCCAAUCUUCCCCAGGAUACCGAUACGGUAAUGAGGAGAGAGACAAAGAUGACUAUGAAUUCCAGCCCGCGUUUCACUCAAGCCCUCCCCGCACCCCGCCCCGGCGGAUUGCAAAACCAGGGACUAAGCAAGGUGGGGAGGUUGGUGCCGAUCUUUUGAUAUACCUCGCCACGUCCCCGUCCCCGGCUGGUGCCAUGUCCAAGACAAACAUCGCUCCAACCACCCCACCACCAUCCUUUGCUCUUCCAUCCUCUGUUAUGAACACCCCAGGAGGAGGUCCCCCCCGGACUCCCCAGACAGGUUUCAAUUUUGCGGAUUUCGUCAAUAUCACCCCUUCACCCGCUCAAUGCGCUUUCGGCUCUGUUGUUGCAGGACGAGGUACUCCUGUAAAAGGACGAGGCACUCCUAUUGCUGCUGCUCGUCGACGUCUGAAUUUUGAUCAGCUUGCCCCGCCAACAGGUUCCCCUUCAGUUCCGUCUGGAGGCACGAGACAUACCGGUUUAGGCAUGGAGUUGGGCGGCGAACUUGUGUCGUGA